AUGACGACUGCAUUUCCUCUUCUCCGUCUUCCGUACCUUGUACUUAUGUCUGUCUUGGAACAAAUGGCACUUCUGGAUAGAAUUGCACUUUUGAUUCUCUCCAAACGAGCCAGAAUGUUCUUGAAACUUCUCAAAAUGAAGUGUGAGCAUAUCAAUUUCAGACUGCAGGGGGACAGAGUCGUGAUGAUAGUGUUUUUUGACAAUAGUGAAGAAUUGAAAGUGGAUAUGUAUGUCAAUGAACAUCCACAAAUAAGUUUGCAUUAUAACUAUUCCAUCGCUUGGUGGCCUGGUCCACUAUCUCCAAUGGACUACGUCCUGUCGAUUAUGGACGUCACUCACUGCAACUCGAUUAAGCAGCUCACAGUCGGUAGAGUAUCUGAAUACGACACUCUUCCACUCCUCGCAAAACUUCCAAAGAUUAAUGAAGUCAUUGUUGAGGAUUUCACUAUGUACAGCUUACCUCCGGACUCACUUCUUCAAGAAGCUUUGAGAAUAGUUUUGCCAGUGUCUUCAGCAGUCACUUUUUCCGCUUAUGCCAAUACACCCAAAUGCCUUCGAGAAAUUUUCAAAGGGAAUCUUGACGCGGUGACUGUAAGAAAAUAUAUGUUUGACUUCAUGCCAAAUCGCGCCAUACAGUUAUCUUUCAACGAUUUGAGGACAACAAACGCUAAAAUGCUCUCGCUUCCUUGCACUGUCUUCAAAGUAAAAAACCUAAACCGCUAUUUCAAGUUGUGGAAGAAGAAGAAAUGUAAUCCUCGACUGGAAUACUUGGAAGUGGCGACAGGGAGAUGGGUUGAAUAUAUAAAAAUAAAGCCACUUCUGAAAGGACUCAACGCUGUUCAAAUGCCCAUUAGAACAGAUAGAACAUUCCGGGUUUUGGGGAAUAUAAAACAAUUCAAUUCGGAUGACUCGAAUGAGGAGAUUACUAGUGAGUUUGAUAUAACAAGAACCGACGGGAGACGAGCAACAAUCAGAAUUUCUUAUUAUGGAACCAUUUGUUUCUACGUUUGGCCAGAAUCUACUAAUGAGACAACGAAUAUUGAGCCAAAUCAGUCAUCAUUCACGCGUGUAUUUUCUCGAGUUUCUACUUUUUACAAUUCAUGUGUUGAACGGUUCAAAUAA